AACCAUCACACUAACACCCGCAACCGGCCGCCAACAACCACUAUGACGCCUACAACAACAACACAAACCAUCACACCCCCAACGAUCAUAUCAGUACCUGGCGUCACAACCGUCGAGGAAACCAUCGACCUCUCCUUUUUCCCAUCUACAACCACCACAAUCGUACCGCCCACCAUCAUCUCAGUACCCGGCGUCACAACAGUCUACGAAACCGUCGAUCUCGGAGUAACCAAUCAGCCGCGUGGUACCGGCCGGUCACUCCCCGUUCAGCCUACCGCUUUCGUUGCGGUCAUCAAACGGACUUGAAUAGCUCAGCUACAGGUCAAUGUGUCCCUGAGGUUGAAUGUUAGAGUAUAAGGCUGUGACGGACCAGGAGGUUGUGCGUUCGUUGAGGGCGGAUGGAGUGUUGUUGCUUUGGAGGUUCCUAACGGCCGCAGUUGCUGAGUGCCCCUGGUGGGUGGGGACUACGGACGUUGUGGCAGGUGGUGAUGGAGACGGUUCAUGUUCUUUUUGAGACUCUAUUGUGUGUCCUCAGGAUUGCGAGACUGUUUCCUUUUCCUUUUAGAUAUUCCCCAGCCCAAUAGGUAUCUCUUGUGCUGGCCUUCUAAUGGAAACGCGUGUCAAGUAGGUAACAAACCGUAUCUCAGCUCGGCUGGGCCAGGGCGUUUGCUAAAUGCGGGAGGGUAGUUGCAGCCAUAACAGUGCGAUUUGCUGGUGCGAUCAUGGAGGCGUUCUUUUCUUUGCGAUGGCGGAUGGAGGCUC